UGUGGGUGUCGUGUGACUUACACACAGAGGCGCGCGGCGUCUGUUUACGGGAACAUGGCCAAUCAAGCAGUUUGUGAUAGGGUAGCGAUCAACAGCAACAGAGACAGAUCAUCAAACUGUAUAUUUAGCUCACACGAUUAGUACAAAUACCCACAAUUAUACCUGUCGAUAUAUCAUUUGAUACGACUUGGAAAUCAAUUGUGCGCCUUAUAUAUAAAAACACGAGAAAAGGAUUCCCUGUACGAAAGAAGAUCGAGGUCUACCGACAACAACCGACAAAUGCCGAUGUGCACCGAUCAGUCAACGACAUACGACGCGAUAUCGUCUAGAUAGUUCCCCACUCGUACACCUAUACACACAAGUUUGCACGAGGACGGCGAAGUGCAUGCCGCGUGUCUGUCCCAAGCACCAGCGCGAGACAAACUUUUCAGCCACAGACAGUUAUACAUAGCGAGUUGAAGAGCAGACCUUUACUGCAUGGGGCUGAUUCGCUUGACAAUGCUUGCUGCGAACUCUUUGGAUUUGAAUACCUCACCAAAGUCUACUCUACGUCCUCGUCCAUUGUGCUAAGUAAGGCUACACCCCCAUUACCGACAGCACAGAAUUACACAAAAUUCUGAACGAUUAAAAGGAUCAGGAUGGACCAGUCGGUUUACUCCAAGUAAGGUUACGCAUCUCAUCACCAGGGUUACGCAUAAAUCUAAAGGAUUAACUGUGCCAGCAUGGGCCACUCAGACAGGCUACGGUCGCCUUCCUUACGGACCAGGCUAAAAUACUGGCACAAACAAAUGUCCCAGUUGGAAUCCUCAUUUCCGGCGUUGGACAUGGCAUCCAGACAAACCACCACACCGGACGAAAUCGUGGAGCAGUCCAAAGUGAUCUGUCAGGAUUUUAUCCACGAAAAGCUGAAAGCGGCUGGCAUCCUGAGCUCAAAAGUGAAGUUAAACUGCGCUGAAAAGUCGCACGUGUCACUAACGGUGAUCGCCGUGGGUCAGGAGCUCGUGAAACUCCACCCCAAGGUGUACCGAGACUUGUCCCGGAAGUUGAACAUGACCAUGAACAGCGCCACCUUGGUGGACAAAACCCUCACACAAGUGCUGGAACAGUUGCUGGGGGAAGGGGAGAUAACUUGGGCCAAAGUGAUAUCCAUGUUCGCGCUCGCUGGUCAGUUCGCUGUGGAGUGUGUACAGCAAGGUCAUCCUGAGUUUGUCGAGGUCAUCGUGGACAGCAUUGGACAUUUCGUGUCGGCUUACUUGACGGACUGGGUGAUUUCUCAGCGAGGAUGGGUGGGUGUGUUACAUGCCUUCAGAAGUAAGCCAGAAUCAUAUGCCUUCCGGGCGUUGACAAUUCUGGCAACUGUUGUGGGACUCUUGGCAACUUUCGUGGCAACUGUAAGAAUCAGAUAGGAGCAACCUAUGAGUGGCAACAGUUGUUUAACACCUAACAACAGUAUUUGUGGCAACUGUGAGAAUCAAGUAUAAGAGCAUCGAAUGAGUAGCAACAGUUGUUGAGCUCUUGACAAUAUCCGUGAUAACUGUGAGAAUCCGACAGAAGCAUCACCUGAGCGGCAACAGGUGUUGGGCUCCUGCAAUAUCCGUGACAACUGUGAGAAUCAGAUAGGGCUGUCACAUAAAACAUCUGUUGUGGGAUUUCUGACAUUCUUGGCAACCGUGAGAAUCACAUGAGAGCACAACAGACGUCAUGUGGUACUUCUUAUGGCAACUGUAACUAACAUAUUAUAGCUGGAGAGAAGCAAAUGCGCCCGAUUUUUCAGAUAACUGGCCCUUUUUGCAGGUGUGAAAUUGUGAUAAUCACACGACUCAAAAUGUGAUAAGCGUGAUAACGUAACAACAGUGUUAGCGGCCAUUGAAAAGAAACCACCAGUGCUGUAAUUUAUCAUUAUUAUAUUUUUACAAAGGGUGUGUGCGUCCAAUAAGCAAUAGUUCGAACAACAAGGAUACUGUGGGAGCAACAGCUGUACACAGCAAUGAUAUUUAUAAAGAAAGUCACCUCACGUGAUGAACAGUUGCCUGGAAGCCGGAGAAUAUCCAUGACAACGUGACAAAAUCAAAAAAUACUGCAUGGAAGAUGUUUGUGUUUGUUUUUCCUUUUUUUUUCAGAAAAUAGUAUUACGGAGAAACAUUGUUUCUUGUGAGUGUAAGAAUUGCGAGAUAUGUGAAAAUUAACUUGUUUUUGGGCAUAAGACAUGAUAUUCUAAUAGCACUAUUUGAGAA